AUGAAUAUUGUAUUAGUUUGCUUUUCAAAUCCCCCUAAGGUCUCAGACAAAGAGUCGGAAAAGGAUUCAGAGUUGGAUAAGCACUUGGAAUCAAAGGUUGAAGAAAUUAUGGCGAAGUCUGAUGAGGAAGGAAUGCCUGAUCUUGCCUACGUCAUGUACAUUUUGUCUGCAGAAAAUACCUCAAAUUUACCUCCUGAAGGAGGUCUUGCUGGCAAGUGCAAUAUUAUUGAAGCUGUUUAUAGUAGACUGAAUCCACAUAGAGAAAGUGAUGGGGCCUCUGAUGAAGCAGAGGAAAGUGGAUCACAGGGAAAAUUGGUGGAAGCUCUCAGGCAAAUGAGACUUAAUCAUAGUGGAAACUACCAAUAACUUCUGGAGGAGAUAUUGACUAGUUACAGGCUAGCUAAAGUAGAGGGAAAAGAAAGCCCUGCUGAACCAGUUGCUGCAGCUACUUCCUCAAACAGUGAUGCAGGAAACCCAGUGACAAUGCAGGAAAGCGAUACUGAAUCAGAAAGUGGUCUUGCUGAAUUAGACAGCUGUAAUGAAGACACAGAACAAAGAUGA